GAAAGCCGUUGACAGAGGAUUUCCGUCAAACAGGGCGCUGAUCUUGGGCACGAGCGAGCGUAAAACGGGAUAGGAAACGGAAAAAACUUUCCGGCGACCUCUGAAUUAAUCUUUUUGAUUCUCUCAGUGAUGGAGGCACGUCAUGCAUCUCUAGGACGACGAACGUUGCAAGAGAUCCGUCAGAAGAGAGCUGCAGAGAGGUUAAGCAAAGUUUCUUCUGGAUCAGAUCUGGAAGCCUCGAAUCAACCCGGAAUACCUAAAUCAGAGAGCGGAAAUCAACUUUCCGAGAAGGACAUAUAUGGUCUGGUUUCUCAGCUUAAAGAUCUUGAGAAGAAGAAUUCAGAAUUAGAGGAUGAGAACCUGACGCAAACAUCAAAGCUUCAGGUGAAGGAAGUUGAGAAUGAUACACUGCUGAAGCGUUUAAAUGAUCUGGAACAGAACAGUUUGCCAUCUCUAAGGAAAUCUCUCAGGGAUGCUGUGAUGGAAAAAGAUGCUGCAGUUGUUGCACGGGAGGACCUCUCAGCACAGCUUCGGACGAUGAAGAAACGCUUGAAGGAGGCAGAAGAGGAACAAUACAGAGCUGAAGAAGAUGCGGCAGCACUGAGGUCAGAAUUAAAUUCGAUGCAGCAACAAGCAAUGAUGAAUCCACUUGGUAGCAUCCCCGCAAUGGGUAACUCUCCAGAUCAUUUGCAAGCCAUGGAAAAGGAGUUGGACAAUCUGAGAUCUGAGUUACAGCAAGAGUCAGUAUUGAGGCAGCAAGAACAACAGAGAUUAGUGGAGGAACAAGCUCGAACUUCUGCAUUGGAAGAAAGACUUGCAGCUUUAUCAAAAAAGGCCUCAGAAGAAGCAUCGGAAGAAGCAGCUCGCAAGGUUUUUUCAUCGAAAGAGAAGGAGACCCUUGAGCAGCAAUUGCAUGAUAUGGCAGUGAUGGUUGAGAGACUGGAAAGUAGUCGACAGAAACUUCUGAUUGAGAUUGAUUCACAAUCUUCAGAAAUAGAGAGGCUGUUUGAGGAAAAUUCCAAUCUCUCAGUCUCAUAUGAAGAUGCUAUGGGUGUAGUGGCUCAAUGGGAGAACCAGGUUAAAAACUGUCUGAAGGAGAAUGAAGAGCUUCGUGGCUUGCUGGAUACAUUAAGAAUGGAACAGGCUAGGCUCCAGCCUUCAAAUGAUAAGAAGGUCCAAGGAGGCUUGUUGGAAGCCAAUAACAAUGAUCAUGUAUCAAGAAUGCAGGGAGAUGCAGCAGAACUCUUCUCUCUCAAGGAGCAGCUUACAAAAGAACAGAGCAGAGCAGAGGCACUUUCUGCAGAAGUCUUGCAGCUUUCGGCUAAACUACAACAUUCUUUACAAGCAUACAACAGUCUCACACGCCUGUACAAACCAGUACUCAGGAACAUUGAGAACAAUCUCAUGAAAAUGAAGCAAGAUGGCUCUCCCACAGCCCCGACUGUUGUUCAUGGGUAGACCAAUUUGUAUUUCAUGUGGUUCAUGCAUCUUCAUCAAAUGUAUAUUGAUAGUAAUGUACAAUCUUUAUAGGGUUUAGGGCUUUUAUUUU